CUACCAAAUACCUUGCUGCACAUUCCUCAAUCUGCAAAACCUACCCUCAUCAUGGCCUCCGUAGCAAAAACUAUCGUCCUCGUCACAGGCGCAAACAGCGGCAUCGGCUUCGAGCUCGCCGCGCAGCUCCUCGCAAAAGGCACAUACCACGUCCUGCUAGGCUCGCGCAGCACGGAAAAAGGUAGCGCCGCGCUCCAAGAACUGCAAUCGCGCAGUCUCCCCGGCACAGCGGAGCUGCUCCCCCUCGAUCUCACCGACGACGCCACCAUCAAUAGCGCCGCCAGCACCGUCGAGCAAAAUCACGGCAAACUCGACAUUCUCGUCAACAACGCCGCCGUCGCCCUCCCCGCCGGCACAGACCGCGAACAGCUGCGCACCGCGUUCGACACCAACGCCACAGGCCCCUACAUCCUGACCAAGACCCUGCUCCCGCUGCUGCAGAAAUCCACGGCUGGCGCCCGCAUCGUCAAUAUCUCCAGCGGCGUUGGCAGCAUAGCGCGCAAAAUGGAUCCCACGUCCCCGAUGCACAAGAUGUCCGGCGUGCAGUACCGCGCGUCCAAGUCGGCGCUUAAUAUGGUUCACGCGUGCCAGUUUGUCGAAUAUGGCGACUUGGGGAUUAAGGUGUUCUUGUUUGAUCCAGGGUUUACGGUGAGUAAUCUCGGGCCGCAUAAUAAGGCGGAGCAUGGGGCCAGGAGCGCGAGGGAGAGCGUGCUGCCGCUGAUGGAUGUGUUGGAGGGGAAGAGGGAUGCGGAGGUGGGGCUGUUUCUGCAUAAUACAGGGGUGUGGCCGUGGUAGAGAGGGAUUGGGUAGGGCGGGGGUGGGACGUGGCGAGCCGAUUCGGGCUGGAUCGUGGAAGAGCAUCUGUACGACUACAGGGGGUUAGCGGAGGACGGUCAAGACCUGGAGGCAAA